CAUCUGGCUAAAUUUUAGGAGUCAGUCAAGAUUGAACAAUUCUAGAACCGGCUUCUACAGUUUUCCACCUCAGGAGGAAAAAAUGAAUGUCGUUGAUUUUUCUGUAAUUAUUGCUAUAACUAAUGUUUUUCUUGUUAACUGUUUAUCCCCAGGUUAAGGAACUUGUACUUGACAACUGUAGGUCAAAUGAAGGCAAAAUUGAAGGUCUCACGGAUGAGUUUGAAGAGCUGGAAUUCUUAAGUACAAUCAACGUCUGCCUCAUCUCAGUUGCAAACUUACCAAAGUUAAACAAACUCAAGAAGCUCGAGUUAAGCGACAACAGAAUCUCAGGAGGGCUGGAAGUAUUGGCAGAAAAAUGUCCGAACCUCACACAUCUAAAUCUAAGCGGCAACAAAAUCAAGGAUCUCAGUACAAUAAAACCGCUGGUAAGUGUGCAAAGCCAGCUCAAGAAGAUAAACACGGAGACCCUUGU